AUGGACUUUGAUGUUCGUCUCUGGAAAAAUCUCACUACAAGCUCUUGGAGCUUCAUAAUAAAUAUGGGCCUAUCAUUCGAAUCAGUCCUAAUGAGCUUCCAUACGUUGUUCCAGAAGCUUGGGAGCCAAUAUGGGGCUAUCGUAAGGGGCGGGCCGAAAAUCUCAGAGCUCCAUGGUUCUGUAACCCAAAGGACAAGAAUCUCCUCACAGCACCCCGUGAAGAACACACACGGAUCCGCCGUCUACUGUCACAGGGAUUCUCGUCCGUCGCGAUGCGUCACCAGGAACCUAUGA